CGCUCUAGCCGCCGAGCUUCCGCCUCUCUCCUGCUCUGCGGAGCUGGGGGCCAGCGAGGGGGAGGGUCUUCCGGACACAGGCGCGCAAGGUCAGGAGCAGGGAAUCUUGUUCCUUACUGCGUAAGAAAAUGUCACUUUCAGAAUAUGCGCUGCGCAUGUCCCGUCUGAGUGCCCGGAUCUUUGGUGAAGUGGCCAGGCCUACUGAUUCAAAGUCCAUGAAAGUGGUGAACCUGUUCAGUGAGCAGCCCUUGGCCAAAAGGAAAGAGACUUACGACUGGUAUCCAGAUCACAACGUAUACUUCGCGCUCAUGGCCAGGCUCCGUUUCCUUGGCCUUUACAGAGAUGAGCAUCAGGAUUUUAAGGAAGAGCAAAAACGUCUAAAAAAGCUCCGCGGAAAGGGGAAACCAAAGAAAGGAGAAGGGAAAAGAGCUGCAAAAAAGAAAUAGUAUCAUCUCCUCAAGGAAAAAAAUUCCUUCCUCAGUGACUAAGAAAGUGUAUCUCAUCAUCUUUUCACAUAUUAGAGGAAUAUGACCUUCCUCAGUAGACAUCAGCCCUGUGUUCAUGUCCACCUCAGUUAAACUGUGACUGGCUUCUUGAAGAUAUUCUAAUCCUUCAAAAUUAUAUUGACCUUGGUUUUAUAAUCUAAAGCUUACCAAAUUCUAUCAUGGAAUGAAUAAACUAUUGUUUAGUGAUUUGUUGAA